CCCGCCCCUUCGCCAUUUCCCCCCGUUUUCCUCCCGCCUCACCUCUCCUCUCACCCUUCACCUUCGCCGUCACCCUCCCUCUACAGCCCCUUCGUCAGCUUUAUUUCAUCGAUUCCAAUCUACCCGCAGUCGUUACACGCUGCCUAACGACUCGACUAGACGCUCGCCGUAUUCCUGUUAGGCUCCUCCUCGGCCUGUCGCCUUCGAUCCGAUCCUACCGGCCCUUUUCUUUAUCUUCUGUCAUUACUUGAACCGCCCCCCUGCCGUCCCAUCUCGCUGUAACUGCUGCUGCGGAGCAUGGCCAGCCACCAGCAGCCCUCGCCCACCGCCGCCCUCGCCCCCCAUCAACAACAUGGUCCACCCCAUCCCAUGCAGGUCAAUGGACACCCUCACCAAGUGGGCCCGCCUGCCCCCAAGUCGCAGAUCGUCGAGGCAUCAAACCGGAGCCAAGAGAGCAUUUGGGUGAAGCUGGCGCAAAUGUUUGAGCAACUAGAGGACUUUGACCAGGCCCAUCAGUGCUAUGAACAAGCGCUCAAGUACAACAACUGGUCCAUCCCAGCCAUGCUUGGCAUUGCCACCAUCCUGCGCAACCGAGACGCCUUCAGCCAGGCUUCGGAAUACUAUCGCACCGUCACCAAGAUUGACCCUUCGAAUGGCGAGGCAUGGGGAAGCUUGGGCCAUUGCUAUCUGAUGGACGACAACCUCCAACAGGCAUAUACCGCCUACCAGAAUGCCCUAUUCAAUCUGCCCGAUGCCAAGGAUCCGAAACUGUGGUACGGAAUCGGCAUCAUGUAUGAUCGCUAUGGGAAUCUCGACUUUGCCGAGGAAGCCUUUUCCCAGGUGAUGAGGAUGGAGCCCAAUUUCGAGAAAGCAAACGAGAUCUACUUUCGCUUGGGCAUCAUUUACAAACAGCAACACAAGUUCGAGCAGAGUCUCGAUUGCUUCAAGUACAUUUUGCCGAACCCGCCCCGCCCUCUAUCAGAGACAGACAUUUGGUUCCAGAUUGGCCAUGUGUACGAACAGUUGAAGCAGCCCGAUGCUGCGCAAAACGCUUACCGCCGAGUUCUGGAACAUGACCCAAAUCACGCGAAAGUCCUGCAACAGCUCGGUUGGCUGCUAUAUAUGCAAAGCACGAAUUAUGCAAGCCAGCAAGAGGCCAUUGAGUAUCUCGAGAAGUCGGUACAGGCCGAUUCGAACGACGCCCAGAGCUGGUACCUGCUUGGGCGCUGCUAUAUGGCGCAGCAAAAGUAUCCCAAGGCCUACGAAGCUUACCAGCAGGCCGUCUAUCGCGAUGGCAGGAACCCAACCUUCUGGUGUUCCAUUGGCGUGCUGUACUAUCAGAUCAACCAAUAUCGGGACGCCCUCGAUGCCUACUCUCGCGCGAUUCGACUCAAUCCCAACAUCUCCGAGGUUUGGUACGACCUUGGCACUCUGUACGAAUCGUGCAACAACCAGACUGCAGAUGCCCUGGAUGCAUACCAGAGAGCAGCAGACUUGGACCCAACCAACGUCCACAUCAAGGCACGACUUGCACUCCUUCAAAACGGCGGUCAGGCGACCAACGGAGCUCCGAACCAGGGAAAUGCUCCCGUCCCGCAGGAUGUCCAUCCCCAGGCCUAUCAGCCUGCAGGCCUUCAUGGUCCCGCCGCUCCUCAAUGGAAUGCGACGCAACCACAGCAACCGCCUCACGGUCCCGCCCCGCCGGCUAUUGGCGCUUCGUCAGAGUGGAAUCGUCCGUUGGCCCAAAUCCGUGAACCUGGACUUCCACCGCAACAACUCAAUCCCUAUGAGCAGCGUGAGAGCGGCCGUCCCGCCACGCAGCAUGCUCCACUGCAGCCCCCAAGCCCAAGGCGAGAAAGGCCAUAUCAAGAGGCGCCGCGUCCGCCUACCAAUGGUCCUGGUCCUGCUGGUCCGACGCACCCGCCAGCUCCUCCGCUGCGUCGAGGCCUUUCCCCUUCUCCCAAGACGCACAGCGUCGCUCCAAGUCCCUACCAUGCGCAGCCUCCGCACCAUCCACCUCCAGGGCCGCCGCCUCAGUCGCAGCUACCACCCCCACACCAACAGCAGCAGCCGCCGCCCCAGCAACAACCAUUGCCGCCGCCGCCGCAGCCACCCCAGCCACCGCAGGCUCCGCAGCCCCGAGAGCAACCGCCGAACCGCAUCUCGAAUCCCAACUAUGGUGCUCCACAUGCAGCUAACGUACCUCCUCCUCCUCCGCCUCCGCCUACAGGCCUCAGCGGACCGGCUAGUCAAGGGCCACUUCCACCUCCUGCCUAUGGACGCAUGAGCAGCCCACCUCCUCCAGAGGUCCGUCCCAUUGUCGAAAACCGUGCGGCCUCCCCUCGCAGUGGAUAUCAAGGACCUUACCAGCACCAUCCUGAUUCUUCCACCGGCGGCGGUAUUGCUAAUGGGGCCCCUGCUCCAGCGUCUGCACUGGCCGCUGCGGAGGCUGCCGCUCGUGAACGUGAAGAUCGUCCCCCAACCGCCCCAUCAAAACGACAUCGUGAAUGGGAAGAGAACGACCAUGUGGCUUCUAAACCUCCUGCUAACGAGGAAAAGCGUCAGAAGCUCGAAGAGUCCCAUAGCCGCCGACCUUCCCCACCUGCUCACCGGAUCGCUUCUCCGCAGGUCGCGCGGCACAGUCCGCCGGCCACACACGAUGCGCGGCGAUUCAACGAUGGGUAUCACCCAUCGGAGGCUGCCCAUCACCCUCCGUCCCUACCUUCCAUGAAUGCCAACCAGCCACCCCUCCCACGUUUAGCGGAACCAGCAAAACAGGAGCGAGCGGAGCAUCACGAGCCGGCUGCUCGUCACAUGGAUGUCGAUGAGAACUAUGAUGAUGAGCCAGAAGAAGCGAAGCCGACUGUUGCAAAGUCCGAGCGUGGCAGCCCGCGUAACGCGGCAGCGGCAGGCAACGGCAUAUCGCAUGGUGCUCCUCCGGCGGAGCAAAAAUCUUAAAAGGAUAGAUGUCACCAGGUGUGGUUUGCAUUGCUGACUCAACGCAUGCAAUCCUGAACGAAUCAGCGACGGCCUCUUGACGGUCGUUAUGGACCGAUACCCAAACUUCGUUUGUUCGGAUAUUGGAUUUCUGGAUAAGGUGUCUGGCUGCUGGCUGUUAUAUUCGUCUUGGAUUAUUACUUUUUUGUUCUCGGUUUACCUUUUGGCCAUUUGCCUGAGGAUCAGAAACUUGCAGAAGCGCUCUUUUUUGACUUUUCUACUUAGCUGUAAAGAAGGCCUUGACCCAUGCAAUUUGUGGCUUGGACGAUAGGAAACAGUCCCAGAUUCUCUAGUUUGGUCUUGGGUGCGGUGGUGGGAUGCAGUAGCUA